UAUGUAUGCCUUCUCCCUGCUAAUUGGAAUUCUCUUUGUCUUUGUAGCCUGUGAGGAAUCCCAGGAGUUCAAAAUUAACAAGAACUCGAUUGAUUUUAAGAAUGUCUCAACUGGCAUGAUUGUUUAUCAAAUGAAUUUGGAUUACUAUUUCAGCCUUGAAACCGGAGGCUAUACCAAGAAUGUCUACAAUGGCAAAGUCUGAGAAGCAUAUCACCCUGAUCAAUUCUUUGAAAACUGAUAUUUAAAGAAGCAAGAAGGAGAAGAGCUAAUCUGGUAUAUGGCUAAACAUGCUAUCGAUCCCAAAUAUGAUAAGACAAAAAUGACUCUCUGUGCUCAUGAAAGUGACGGAAUUUGAAGAUAUAAGGAUGCCGAUGGCAAAACAAUUUAUUUGGCGGAUGUCAUCAUUGUUGACGCUGAAAUUAUAGAAGGAGACAAAACUGGCAGUGUUUUUAACCUUCUCAGAUUCUUUGAAAAUUCUGACGAUGUCUUGGUACUCAAGACCAAGGAAACAAUUCCUGAGAAAUAUGUAGGAAACCCUACUAUUUCAAGUAGAGUUUAUCAUUUAAUCGACUUUAAUUGCCCAAUGCUUGGCUUGGAGAUGAAAGUUACCCUUGCUAUGAUAGUGGCUUAUUGAAUAGUGUUGUCAAUAUGGUUCUAUCGAAACUUUCUGCAUUAUCCAAGCACAAUGACUGUGCUACAUAGAUUGAUGUCGAUCCCUCCUACUGUAAAAUUCAUAUUAAUGGUGGUAAAUUAUCUUUUGUUUUAUACCUGCCCAUGGAAGACAGCGAGUUUGAGGAUUUACAUAGUUUUAAUCAAGAUCUUGCUAAAUCUCGUAUUUGAGAGCAUCCUUAUUGGAUCAUUCUUUUUGACCUCCAUUGGAUUUAAGAUUGCCAGAUCAAACGUCUCGAUGAAGAGCUUUGUAAUAAUGUUGUCUGCUAUGUUGCUGAACUAUCUUGUGAUCUUCAUCCUGCUCGUAUUUAAUGAAUUUUACAGUAUUGGCACAAUACUAUACACUUCGAUAAAUAUUGCGCUGAUGGUCUACAUGACUUUGAAUAGCUGUAACGUGGUCGAAAAGCUACAAAUGUUCCAAAGAGUCGCUAGGAACAAUAGGUAUCCAGAGCAGGCAAUAAACAUCAAGCUAAAGAUAAUGAAACAGUCUGCAAUGGUCAUAGUAGCGUUUUUCCUGUUCGAAAUUUUAUACCAUGGAGUUUUCAGCAUUCUAGGCAUUCCGUCCUCAAGAACUGGGGAUCAGGUAUUCUUUAUAUGUCAUGAAGUGACUGAUUUCGUGAUCAUGUCUGCAAUGCUCUAUAUUCUCAGGACCAGAGAGUACAUUCCUUACUAUGGAAUUAUAAACCUUGACAAUGAAUAUGGUAUGAACGAAGAUGUUGAAAUGCAACAUAUCCGAGAAGGCGAAGUACUCACUUUUAACAUCCUCAUUGACAAAGAUGGGGAUUUUGAAGAAUCUAGUACACACCAUGAUGCUAUCAAGCCUGAUGAUUUGGCAAUAAUAGUUAACCCUGAAGGCUCCAACCCAGGGCAACAUAGCUUUAGCAGGAUGACCUUUGUCAAUCAGCAACUUAGUGUCUUCCAGAAAUUGAACUUGGGAAUUUGACAAGAUUUAUCAGGGAAAAGAUAUGAAGAAGAAAAAGAUAAAGAUGAGUAAAAUUUCAACCUAAA